CACCGGCCAGAUUUAAAAGACGAAAAAAAGAAAGAAAGACACGCUUCUACGAUUCGACUGCAAAAACUCUCAUUUUUCUCCAAAGAACUUGCAAAUGGCGAAAACGCUAAUAUGGCGACCCUACAUUAUCUCCUCCACACGAAACUUUAUCCAAACCCAGAAACGACGCGUCGUCUCACACAGCACAAUCUUCCCUAAAAAGUCCGAGACAAACUUAUUGCUUCUGUCUUGCACUAACAACACUAAAACGAAGCUCCAAACUGAAAGCAGUGGCUAUAAUAAGCUAUCAAAAUUAGGAUAUGGUGUAGUGGGUAACCGUAGAUUUUCUAUUAGAGCUACUCAUGUUAAUGAUGCUGGCUCAAUUGACUCGCCUCUUAUGCAGUCCAUGGAGAAAAAGAUUAAAGAAAGUUUGGAUGCUGAUUCAGUUAUUGUGAAAGAUGCAUAUGGAGAUGGCCGCCAUGUUAGUAUUGAUGUUAUCUCUUCAGCCUUUGAAGGACAAUCGGCUGUGAAUAGGCAGAGGAUGGUGUACAAAGCUAUAUGGGAGGAGCUUCAGAGCACUGUGCAUGCAGUUGAUCAGAUGACUACCAAGACCCCAGCCGAAGCAGCAGCCCAGAAGUGACCAAACAUUCACCUCAAUGUCAAAUUAGAGAGAAAUAUUCUCAAUUAAAGUUUUCUUGCUGUGCGAUUAAAGAGAAACAGUAAGGCAAUCUUCUGGUUACAGUAAGUUUACUUUAGCUUUGUUUCCCAUUUUCAUCCAGGAGUUGCUCUUAGUAGAAAACUAUCAAUGGUUGAACCCAAAAGGAAUGGUAUGAUACAUUGUUUCGCUACCAUCUUAUAUAAAUUUUACAUGGAGCUGCUAUUAUAUACAAAUCUUUUUCUCCUUUA